CACGGGGUGAAUCUGCAGAUAGUUAGCCGUUAGCCGUUUUUGUUUCGUUCUAUUGUUUGUGUGUGUGUGUGUGUCCCCUGUGUACUGUGUCUUUUUCUAAUGGCUACUACAAAAUCUAAAGCGAUCGCGUUGACCGCUGUGGUAAAUCCCGCAACCGCACAGCAACCGUCACCGAUCAUACAGAAGAUCUCCCCGAGCGGCAACUGCACCGCGGACGUUUCGUUCGAGGCGUACAAGCAGCCGAAGAAUCGAUCGAAACGGCGCAGCUUCUCGCCGAUGGUACACCAGGACCGGAUACCGUCACCGGAGCUGUCGCCGAUCGAGCUCAGCCAAACGUUCCGCAUCUCGCCCCGUAUGAACACACCGAGAGCUACGGAGCGUCAGGACGUGGUGGGCAAGACGUACCUAUUGGCCAAACCGAUUCGUCCUCAGUACAAACGAUCGCCAAAGGAGGAUGAAGUGUACGUGGUGACACCGGUGGCCAAGCGUGAACUGGAGCAUCGCAUCUGCGUGUCCAACAUACUGAAGGACAUGGGUCUGGAGAAGUACAUACGCAUCUUCACGAAGGAGGAAAUCAACUUCGACGUGUUUCUGACCCUGUGCGAGAAGGAUCUGCACGAGAUCGGAAUCCACUGCCAGGAGGACAUAGAGAAGAUACUGGCCAAAAUUGCCGACUACAACAUGGGCGUGGAAGGCUAGCCAAGAAGUGUGUACGUGUGUGUAUGUGUGUGAGACAUGCAGGUCAUUGAUCUCGAUUCGCAGCGGAGGAAACG